AUGAGACAAGUUUACAACAUCCCUUCACGUGCUUACGACCCGCCUCCUCUUGCACCCAUUUCUUCGUCCCCGAGUCUUGUCCUGCCGGCUGUGCCGUCUCCUGCUGUAAUGGACUCGACAUCCUGUAUGAUAUCUGAUAAAUGCAGGAAAGAUGCGAAACGAGAUUCCCACGCCGACGCAGAUGGGCGUGAAGAGCUCAACUGCGAGACCCUCGUGCUCCAGCCUGGCUACUUUCGGUGCCUCUGUGCGAAAACAAAGGUCAUGGGCCACAAUGAGUACUUUUCUGCUCACUGUGUACUGCAAGAGUGCACAGACGACCAAAAGAGGAGGGCGUUUCUCAGGCAGUACCAGGAGGGAUGCAGGCAGAUUGGCAGUUCACUGACCGACAUUCCUGACGAAUGGGGCCCAUAUGCAGAUAAUCUUGCAUUGUUUUCAUCUGCAGUUGCGAGUUCAACUGCACAACAGACUGCGACUACGAGCACUACACCAAGCCAGUCUACCAGUUCCAGCGCUCAACCAGACCAGACCAGGUCACUUACUUCCAAGACAGCAAUGGACAAACCCACGUCAACGCAACCGGAUACCGGCGAAACCACAUCCAGUCUCGCUGAUAUCCAGAUCCCUAUCUGCGGUAUAACGCCUCAAUGUAUGACAGAAAAGCCAAAAGGCGAGCCCUCGUGCACUCCCUCGGACCUCGACUGCAUCUGCAAGACCAGCCACUCGCUCGAGAAAAACACAGAGUUCAACCAGCAAUGCGUCCUUGAUACUUGCUACGGCGAUAUCGGCCGAGAAGAAUUCCUAGAUAACCUCAUUUACCACUGCAAGAAAGUCGGCUACACACUCACCGAUAUCCCCAAGCGCUGGGAACCUUAUCUUCCGUCUUCCUUUCCCACCACUACUUCCCCAGGCGCCCCAGUCCUAACUUCUCCUUCUCCACCAUCACCAUCACCCGCUGCAUCCAAGAAUAGCUUCGGCCCCAGCGCCAUCGCAGGCACCGUCGUCGCCGCCACAGCCGUCCUCACCAUCCUCCUGUGUCUCGCAAAACUCUACUGGAACACGCGCAAAAAAGCGUCGCGCCUCCGCGUCGAAAACGCACAGCUACACGAUGCUACGAACCCCGAGGGCGUAUCCCGCCGUAUCACCGCCCUCAUGAGCGGUACCUACACGCCUUCGAUUGCGUCGGCGCGGCCUGCAGACGACCACGCUGUGCAGGUAACCAGUCAGACCGACGCGUACGGGCUUGAGGAGAUACCGCCGUAUCACGGGGUGGCUGGUGAGACUGAAGAUGCGACUACGACGGUGCAGGAACCCGUAUACGACGAUUCUGAGAGUGACUAUGGGAGUCUGCGGAGUCGUGCGUAUGCAGAGCAUGUCAGUGUGCAUGUUCGUCCGUUGCAGAUUGGGCAUAGGCAGCGUGAAGCGCGUGCGGGUGCGGGUGGGUGGAUAUAA